AUGAUAAACACAUGGCACAGGAACUCUUUAAAAGAUUAUGGGAACAGCAAAGAUUGGGUACCACUGAUUGAGUUUAAUCCGUUGCAAGCAGUAAAAAUAAAUUCCUGCCUCCGCACAAAAGCAAAAAUAGGAGGGGUAGUUCUAGCAACAAAUAAUCUUAAAAGUGGGAGACUACAGGCAGCAGAGGAGGUUACCAGCAAAAUUGACUUUGACAUCAGGCCACUUCGUCUGGUGGUGUUUUCAAAAAUUAAUGAACUACGCCAAUGUAGAAACAAAUUCCAGGCACUGACCCAGCUUAUCAGCAUGGUGGACUUCAUUGAGCUGGCAAGUCCUGAGAAUCCAUCAGGUGUUCUCCAAGCUAUUAAUAAUGCUUUGGCUAGCAAUAUGAGCUGGGAUGACAGCAGCUCGGUUAGUAGUGGCCUCAGUGACACUCUUGACAACCUCAGCACAGAUGAUUUGAAUACCACCUCAUCUGUCAGCUCUUAUUCCAAUAUAACUGCUUCUUCAAGGAAGAACGCUAAUGCCCAGACAGACUCAGAGAAGCACUCAGUUACAGACAGCGAAACUUGGGGCAGCACUGAAGAGCUGAAGAAACCAGAGGAAGACUUUGACAGCAGCGUAGACAGCAGUGGCAAGUGGAAAGGCCUUCCCUCGGGGCUGUCUGAAGAGUCAGAGAAGGGGGGGCAGAAAGCAUCUCUCUCUGUGUCACAGACCGGAUCCUGGAGGAGAGGCAUGACUGCACAAGUAGGCACAACUCAGUCCAGGCACAAAGCAGGAACAAGUGCUCUCAAGACUCCAGGGAAAACAGAUGAUGCGAAAGCUUCAGAAAAAGUGAAAACUCCCCUGAAAGGAGCCUCCAUUCAGCGCUCUCCAUCGGAUGCAGGAAAAAGCAGCGGUGAUGAAGGAAAGAAGCCUCCCUCUGGCAUCGGGAGGUCAACUGCUACUGGCUCCUUUGGAUUCAAGAAGUCCGGGAUGGGAUCUUCUACCAUGAUAACCACAAGCGGAGCAACCAUCACGAGUGGGUCAGCGACCCUAGGAAAACUGCCAAAAUCUUCAGCCAUUGGUGGGAAGUCCACCGCAGGGCGGAAGACGAGCUUGGACGGCUCCCAGAACCCAGAGGACGGCGUCCUGCACGUGAACUCGAAGGCGACUCUGCAGUACCGGAGUUUGCCUCGCCCCUCAAAAUCCAGCGGCAGCGGGAUCCCCGGGAGGGGCGGCCACCGCUCCAGCACCAGCAGCAUCGACUCCAACGUCAGCAGCAAGUCUGCGGGUGCUGCUGCCACCAAACUGCGAGAGCCAAGCAAGAUUGGGUCCGGGCGGUCCAGCCCCGUCACCGUCAACCAGACGGACAAGGAAAAAGAGAAAGUGGCCGUGUCUGAUUCCGAGAGCGUCUCCCUGUCCAGUUCCCCCAAAUCCAGCCCAACUUCAGCAAGUGCCUCUGGCACACCAGGACUUAGGCAGCCGGGAUCCAAAUACCCAGACAUCGCCUCCCCCACCUUUCGAAGCAUGCAGCUUGACAGAAAUACACUACCCAAAAAGGGAUUAAGAUAUACUCCAUCGUCCCGGCAGACCAGUCAGGAGGAAGGCAAGGAAUGGCUACGCUCCCAUUCAACUGGAGGCCUGCAAGACACUGGCAGCCAGUCCCCACUUGUUUCUCCUUCAGCUAUGUCUUCAUCUGCAACUGGAAAAUACCACUUUUCCAACCUUGUGAGUCCAACCAAUCUAUCUCAGUUUAACCUUCCUGGACCCAGUAUGAUGCGUUCAAACAGCAUCCCUGCACAAGACACUUCUUUUGAUCUGUAUGAUGACUCCCAACUGUGUGGCAGUGCUACAUCCUUAGAAGAGAGACCACGAGCGAUUAGUCAUUCAGGUUCAUUCAGGGACAGCAUGGAAGAAG